UCCUCAGUUCCCAAAGAAUCUCGAUUUCCAGAUCUGUUAUUGUUUGAAUAAAAUAAAUAAUAGCCAUAUAAGAAGUUAUUUUACAUAAUGGGGCAGGGGAAAAGCCAGUUCACAGAGGAAGAACUUCAGGAUUAUGAGGAUCUCACCUAUUUUACCAAGAAAGAAGUAUUAUAUGCUCAUCAAAAAUUCAAAGCCUUAGCUCCAGAGAAAGUGGGUCACAACAAGAACGCUAAACUACCAAUGACGAAGAUUCUUCAGUAUCCUGAAUUACGUGUGAACCCGUUCCGAGAUCGAAUAUGCAAGGUCUUCAGCUCCAGUAAUGAUGGAGACUGCACGUUCGAAGACUUCCUCGAUAUGAUGUCUGUGUUUAGUGAGAUGGCACCAAAAGCGGUUAAGGCAGAACAUGCUUUUAGGAUAUUUGAUUUUGAUGGAGAUGACAUGAUAGGAGUUUCAGACUUACGAGAAGUGAUAGAGAGACUGUGUGGCCCUGAACUAAAGCUUGGCGACUCUGAGAUCCAGCAGUUGGUACAGAAUGUUCUAGAGGAAGCAGACUUGGAUGACGAUGGGGCACUCUCAUUUGCAGAGUUCGAACAUAUCAUUGAUAAGAGCUCGGAUUUCUGCCAUGCAUUUAGAAUAAGACUGUGAACUAAGAAACUGGAAUACUCAACACUCUGCAGCAAGAUACUCAAACAUUCUCAAAAUAAUAAUAAACUUGUGUUUGUCUCAAAAUAACAAAAACUAUACUAAAAAUUACCUAAUUUAAGUCAAAUAAUUAAUUGUAAGGUAAAUAACAACAUGAUCUUUGCAUAAUAAUAAUUGCAUUAUAGUGUUGUCCAUACUUCUAUAUUAAUAAAUACAAAUAGUGAAUUUAUAUCUAAGUGAUAAGGUUUUACAUGUAUUAGAAAAAGCAUUUAAUAAGUCUUCCUAAUCAAAAAUGUAUUUUAUGUUGUCUUUAAUAAUAAUUAUUUAUGUUGUGAAAAGUAAUUACAUAGGUAUUUUAUUUUAAUUAAUUGUGGUG